AUGAACGUUGUUGUCUUCUGUUUAGUCGUAGCAUAUUGCUAUGCCUUAAGGGAUACCUUUGAACUUACCUACGAUAGCAAUGAACCGAUUGAAAUAAUAACUACUACUCGUGGUCGCACCUACACUGUAAGUUAAAACUUUUUUAUUUUAAAAAUAUUUGACUAAACCAACUUUGAUUUUACAGCACACCAAUGAAACAAGUUCAAUUGAACUCGCUGACAUAGUUUGUAAAGGUUAUGGGCAAAGAUCCGCUUCUUUUGAAGAUGAAGAUGCCGAUAUGACAGUUUACAGUAAGCUUACACUUGUUUUUUUCAUUAAGCCUCCCCUACCGUAUCCUAACCUCUACCUACCGUGUUCUAUCGCACCCGACUUUUCCAUACAUUACCCUGCUCUAGUUUUCGCUAUUGUAACCUACCAACCUUAGAGCACUUGUACAUGCAGAGCCGGGCGGAGACUUUUGGUCUGGGGACGGAGGUCGAAAAAAUCGGCAUAGAUAGCCGCUUUUCGAUCCCCGCCCCCAGACCAAAACUCCCCGCCCGGCCCUGUGUAUGCGUACAAAAAACAUACCAUACCCUGAAAAUUUACCGUACCCUUAAAUUCUGCCCUACACUGAAAAUCCGCCAUUUUACUUUCAGACUACAUGACAGACUUAUUCCCGGGUAAGAUCUUUGGCAUAGGAUUAUCCGUUGUACCGGGAAACAAGUUUAAAUGGGAUGAUAACACUAAGUUCAAAUAUAACCGAGCUGAAAACGUCCCAGGAACUGAUAAAAAGAUUUUUUAUGGCAUGACGAUGAAAAAUACCGAUAAUCCUGGAAGUUGGACCGGUUUUUUUGGGGAUGCUGAAGUUGCCGGUCAUAUCUGUCAAAAGGUGGACAAGUCACCGAGCGACAUAUUAUAA